AUGUACCCAAUUAUCUCCACGCAGCUGAUGUCUUUUGACACUGCCAAGACAUAUGCCUUCACAACGUGGGGCGAUACGACGCAAUAUAUAACGAUAUUGGACGAGCGGCGAUCAAGUGCGGGCCUCCUGGCACCGCAGUUGGCGUGUCAAACAUCAUCACCUGCGACUGCGCCACCGCCUCAUCCACCAGCAUCGCCACCCCGCGUCGUGUCUGCACCGCCCGCACCCCUCGCCCAACCACCUCCCGACCCCGCACCUCAACCCGCACAAGAAGAUGGAGUCAGAUUACGGCGUGUACACACGGUUGCAGUCAGAGAUUAUCUCAAAAGAGAAACGCAAACGUUCUUUGGUGUGCAAAGGGACAAUGAGAGGGAGCAACGGAGGUUAUGGUAUGAAAGACGGAGGAGACACGCAGCGCGGGCGCUUGGGGACCUCCGGCCCGAUCUGCCACCGGACCAUCAUCCUGAUGAUGAUGAUAUUAGUAUGUACGGAGCAUCGGGCGCGGCGCCUAGAGAGGCUCGGGGGCGAGCGCGUGAGCGGCCCGACGUAUUGCCUGCGCCGGCGCCGCUUGAGGAGCCACCGCCGCCUACGCUGCCUCAUCUCGGGAAGGACAGCGUGGCGCGGCUUACGCUCACUGGACUGUCUCUUGUUGUUACCGCGGUGACGCGACGCUCGCGUCAGUCAAUGUCAGCGCAAUGGUCGAGAUCGUUCCGAGGCAGUGUCACGCCACAGGAUGAUACCGACGUAGAUGACGUGCUUUUCCUGCCGCCAACGUCAGUGAUACAGUUACAACAUCACGAUGAAGGGGAUCAGGUUGAUGCGACUAAGGGGGCGCGAUCACCUUUGGGUUCCAAUAGCGUGGAGUAUAGAAGGCCAGAACGAAGCGUGUCCUGGGGUGCGGGGGGAGCGCGCAUCCAUACACCAAUGUUAGAACCUCUGGCAGACAACUCUAAUCGAAGGCAGUUCGGCAUGGGCGUUGUUGGCAGAUUUUUUAGGCGUUCUCUACGAAAAUCAGUGACGCAUCAAGAUGAGGUGGCUCGACAGUUGGAUGAGUUGACAGACUACCGACCGUACUUCACGUGGUGGGUCAGCACGGUGCAAACGUUGGUACUACUGUUAUCUCUUCUGUGCUAUGGCUUUGGACCAGUGGGGUUUGGCAGACACACGCACUCUGGCCAAGUUUUAGUGAAGAGUUUGAGUUUACAGCAGGUUGAAUGGGAAGAACCCGCCUCGUUCUGGCUGGGCCCUAGAGCGGCGGACCUAAUACAUUUAGGAGCUAAGUUUGCACCAUGCAUGAGAAGAGACGCUAGAAUAGCAAGGGCGAUAGCAGCGUCAGCAAGGAGGGAAAGGGAUACAGCAUGCUGCAUACGAAAUGAUGAUUCUGGGUGUGUGCAGUCGUCUAAGGCUGAUUGUUCGAUAAGAGGAUUAAUAUCAAAGAACACAAUAUCGACAUGGAAAAAGUGGUCAUCGGGCGAGUCUGGUCCUGGAGGUCGGAUAUCGGGCUCCGUUUGUGGUUUAGAUCCAAAAUUUUGUGAAGCUCCAAGAUCGAUAGCACCACACGAGUGGCCUGAUGAUAUAACCAAAUGGCCAAUAUGUCGAAAAUCAGUUCUCGAUGGGUCAGCUGCUGCGGGUCGAGCAGGUCAUGCAGCAGAACAUAUGGCCUGUGAAGUCAUAGGCCAUCCCUGCUGUAUAGGAGUUCACGGACAGUGUGUUAUAACAACCAGGGAACACUGCGAUUUUGUAAAGGGGUAUUUCCACGAAGAAGCAUCGCUGUGUUCACAAGUUUCCUGCCUUGAUGAUGUUUGCGGCAUGUUACCAUUUAUGCGUCGACGACGUCCAGAUCAGCUCUAUCGAGCAUGGACAUCGCUAUUCGUCCACGCCGGGCUCCUCCACCUAGCAGCUUCCUUAGCUUUGCAAUGGCUCUUUAUGAGAGACUUGGAAAAAAUGGCUGGUCCAGUCAGAAUAGCUGUAAUUUACUUAGGAAGUGGGGUGGCUGGCAAUAUGGCAUCAGCAAUAUUUGAGCCCUAUCGAGCGGAGGUGGGACCCGCUGGAUCACAUUUUGGACUUCUCGCGUGUCUAAUAGUAGAAGUGAUAGGAGCGUGGCCUCUUUUAAGGCAUCCAAAGCGUGCUAUCUUGAAACUGGUUGGUAUAGCAGUGGCGUUAUUCCUCCUGGGUCUUCUACCUUGGAUCGAUAACUUUGCUCACGUUUUCGGCUUCGUGUUCGGUUUUCUUCUGGCGUACGCAUUGCUACCGUUCAUAACGUUCGGACCGUACGAUAGGAGGAGAAAAAUCGCGUUAGUAUGGGUAUGCAUGGUAUCGGCGGCGGGGAUGCUGUGUGCGUUGGUGGCGUUAUUUUAUGCAGCACCGGCGUACGAGUGUGCGGCGUGCGCUUACUUCACAUGCCUGCCGUUCGCUCCCGACAUGUGCGAGUCGCAGGAUGUGCGAGUGCGCCAGCUGGACGGAGUAUGA